AUGCAGGGCUCAGGUUUGGGUCUGGGGGGCUCUGGGGGCUCAGAUUUGGCUCUGGGGGCUCAGGUUUGGCUCGGGUUUGGCUCUGGGGGCUCAGUGCCACCCCAGCCCUGCCCACUGAGCACGCUGGUUUUCCCUCAGGUCCAUGCCUGGGAGAUCUCGGACCAGCUGCUGCAGAUCCACCAGGAUGUGGAGUCCUGCUACUUCGCGGCGCAGACCAUGAAGAUGAAGAUCCAAACCUCCUUCUACGAGCUCCCCACGGAUUCCCACGCCUCACUCCGGGACUCUUUGCUGUCCCACAUCCAGAACUUGAAGGACCUGUCCCCGGUCAUUGUCACACAGCUCGCUCUGGCCAUAGCUGACCUCGCCCUGCAGAUGGCUUCGUGGAAGGGCUGCGUGCAGACCCUGGUGGAGAAGUACAGCACUGACGUGACGUCGCUGCCCUUCCUGCUGGAGAUCCUGACGGUGCUGCCCGAGGAGGUGCACAGCCGCUCGCUGCGCAUCGGCGCCAACCGCCGCACCGAGAUCAUCGAGGACCUGGCCUACUACUCCAGCACCGUGGUGUCCCUGCUGGUGACGUGUGUGGAGAAGGCAGGCAACGAGGAGAAGAUGCUCAUCAAAAUCUUCAGGUGCCUGGGCAGCUGGUUCAACCUGGGUGUCCUGGACAGCACCUUCAUGGCCAACAGCAAGCUGCUGUCCCUGCUCUUCGAGGUGCUGCAACAGGACAAGACCUCAUCCAACCUGCACGAGGCGGCGUCGGACUGCGUGUGCUCGGCCCUGUACGCCAUCGAGAACGUGGAGACCAACCUGCCCCUGGCCCUGCAGCUCUUCCAGGGCGUGCUCACCCUCGAGAGUGCCUACCACAUGGCUGUGGCACGGGAGGACCUGGACAAGGUGCUCAACUACUGCCGUGUGUUCACCGAGCUGUGCGAGACCUUCCUGGACAAGAUCGUGUGCACGCCGGGCCAGGGCCUGGGCGACCUGCGCACGCUGGAGCUGCUGCUCAUCUGCGCGGGGCACCCGCAGUACGAGGUGGUAGAAAUUUCCUUUAACUUCUGGUACAGACUGGGGGAGCACCUGUACAAGACAGACGAUGCUGUGAUCCACAGCAUCUUCAAAGCCUACAUCCAGCGCCUGCUGCACGCGCUGGCACGGCACUGCCAGCUGGACUCCGACCAUGAGGGCGUCCCCGAGGAGACGGACGACUUCGGCGAGUUCCGGAUGCGCGUCUCGGACCUGGUGAAGGACCUGAUCUUCCUGGUGGGCUCGGUGGAGUGCUUUGCUCAGCUCUACGCCACGCUCAAGGACGGGAACCCGCCCUGGGAGGUGACAGAGGCCGUGCUCUUCAUCAUGGCCUCCAUCGCCAAGAGCGUCGACCAGGAGAACAACCCGACGCUGGUGGAGGUGCUGGAGGGUGUGGUGCGGCUGCCCGAGUCGGUGCACACGGCCGUGCGCUACACCAGCAUCGAGCUGGUGGGCGAGAUGAGCGAGGUGGUGGACAGGAACCCGCAGUUCCUGGAUCCCGUGCUGGGCUACCUGAUGAAGGGGCUGUGUGACCGGCGCCUGGCGUCGGCCGCGGCCAAGGCCAUCCACAACAUCUGCUCCGUGUGCCGCGACCACAUGGCGCAGCACUUCUCGGGGCUGCUGGAGAUCGCCCGCGCCCUCGACUCCUUCGCCCUGUCCCCCGAGGCGGCCGUGGGGCUGCUCAAGGGGACAGCGCUGGUGCUGGCCCGGCUGCCCCUGGACAAGAUCUCGGAGUGCCUGAGCGAGCUCUGCGCCGUGCAGGUGCUGGCGCUCAAGAAGCUCCUCUCCCAGGAGCCAAGCAAUGGCCUCUCCUCAGACCCCACAGUGCCCCUGGAUCGACUCGCCGUCAUCUUCAGACACACCAACCCCAUUGUCGAGAACGGCCAGGUCCACCCGUGCCAAAAAGUCAUUCAGGAGAUCUGGCCGGUGCUGUCGGAGACCCUGAACAAGCACAGCGCCGACAACCGCAUCGUGGGGAGAGGCUUUGGGAGAGGUGGGGGCUGCUGGGAGGUUGUGGAGCCCCGUGUGUCUGUCCAUGUCUGUCUGUCUGUCUGUCUGUCUGUGUGGCUGGGCGCUGGCACAGGAGGGCUGUGGGCUCAGGGCACACCCAGCAGCGCCUGUGCAGCGUCCCUGUGUCCCCAGAUGGUGAAUGUGUACCGGGAACACCAGCACUCGUGCUUCCUCUACCUGGGCAGCAUCCUGGUGGAUGAGUACGGCAUGGAGGAGGGCUGCAGGCAGGGCCUGCUGGACAUGCUGCAGGCUCUCUGCAUCCCCACCUUCCAGCUCCUGGAGCAGCCCAGCGGCCUCCAGAACCACCCGGACACCGUGGAUGACCUGUUCCGCCUGGCAGCCAGGUUCAUCCAGCGCAGCCCCGUGACGCUGCUGCGCAGCCAGGUGAUGAUCCCCAUCCUGCAGUGGGCCAUCGCCGCCACCACGCUGGACCACCGCGACGCCAACUGCAGCGUCAUGAAGUUCCUGCGCGACCUCAUCCACACCGGCCUGGCCAACGACCACGAGGAGGACUUUGAGGUGCGGAAGGAGCUCAUCAACCAGGUGAUGACCCAGCUGGGGCAGCAGCUCGUGAACCAGCUCCUGCAGACGUGCUGCUUCUGCCUCCCGCCCUACACCCUGCCCGACGUCGCCGAGGUGCUCUGGGAGAUCAUGCAGAUCGACCGCCCGACGUUCUGCCGCUGGCUGGAGAGCUCCCUGAAGGGCUUGCCAAAGGAAACCACGGGCGGAGCCAUCCAGGUGACACACAAACAGCUCACCGACUUCCACAAGCAGGUCACCAGUGCUGAGGAAUGUAAACAAGUCUGCUGGGCUCUGAGGGACUUCACCCGCCUGUUCCGAUAGCUCCGGCUCCACGCGGCUCCUGUCUCCCAGGAAUGUCUUUAAGGAGAAGACAGGAAACAGCAACCCAAGAAUGUGUCCCACAAUCAGCCGAGGGCUCUGCCCGCUCCAGCGCGUCCCGGAGCCCGGGAGGAGGGCGUGGUGGCCCCGCCCUGCCCGGUGGUCACUCGGGGCUCGGCCACGCCUCGAGCACUCGCCCAGGCACCACCCGAACCCGACUGCAGAGCCGCCAGGAGCCGCGCGGCUCCAUCGGCUUCGCCCGGCAGCAAAAGAAAGAGAAAAAACUCUCUGGGAAAUGGGG